GAGAAUCAGUCAAUUCACUUCAGCAUCCACACACUUUUGAAUGCUCAAUCACAGUUCUUCAUAGUUAAAUUACUUCCUCACAACGUCAAAAAUCGAGAAGAAGAUGAAAGAGAGAGAUUCAGAGAGUUUUGAAUCUCUCUCACAUCAAGUUCUCCCAAAAACUUCAAAUGGUGAAUCUCUCUCACAUCAAGUUCUCCCAAACACUUCAAAUGGUGAAUCUCUCUCACAUCAAGUUCUCCCAAACACUUCAAAUGGUACACACAUGAUCCAGAUGGCCAUGGCCAACUCAGGUUCAUCUGCAGCCGCACAAGCCGGUCAUCAAGACCAACCUGACCGGUCAAAGUGGCUGCUUGACUGUCCUGAACCACCCAGCCCGUGGCAUGAGGUCAAGAGCUAUGUCAAAGGCUCUUUCCUAACCAAACUCAAAAGAUUCAAGUCACUUCAAAAGCAGCCUCUCCCAAAACGAACACUCUCUAUCCUCCAAGCCGUUUUCCCAAUCUUCGGUUGGUGUAGAAACUAUAAACUCACCAUGUUCAAGAACGAUCUCAUGGCUGGUUUAACCCUCGCUAGCCUCUGCAUUCCUCAGAGCAUUGGUUAUGCAACUCUUGCAAAGCUUGAUCCUCAAUAUGGGCUAUAUACGAGUGUGGUACCACCAUUGAUAUAUGCAAUGAUGGGGACAUCAAGAGAGAUAGCUAUCGGACCAGUGGCUGUAGUAUCCCUCCUUAUAUCCUCAAUGUUGCAAAAACUCAUAGAUCCAGAAAUAGAUCCCUUGGGAUACAAGAAACUAGUCAUAACCACAACCUUCUUCGCCGGGAUCUUCCAAGCUUCUUUCGGGUUAUUCAGAUUAGGGUUUCUGGUUGAUUUUCUGUCGCACGCAGCCAUAGUAGGGUUCAUGGGAGGUGCAGCUAUUGUGAUCGGACUCCAACAGCUCAAAGGUUUGCUUGGUAUCACUAACUUCACCACCAACACCGACAUUGUCUCUGUUCUUCGAGCUGUCUGGCGAUCUUGUCAACAACAAUGGAGCCCUCACACUUUCAUCCUCGGGUGUUCCUUCCUCAGUUUUAUCCUUAUCACUCGCUUCAUCGGGAAGAAGAACAAGAAGUUAUUUUGGCUACCGGCAACAGCUCCGUUGAUCGCCGUGGUGGUGUCAACAUUAAUGGUGUUUCUAACUAAAGCGGACGAGCAUGGCGUGAAGACGGUGAAGCACAUUAAAGGAGGUCUUAAUCCAAUCUCCAUUCACGAUCUCGACUUUAAUACUCCUCAUCUCGGACAAAUCGCUAAAAUCGGUUUAAUCAUUGCCAUUAUUGCUUUAACCGAGGCGAUUGCGGUAGGGAGGUCGUUCGCUGGAAUUAAAGGGUACAGACUCGAUGGAAACAAAGAAAUGAUGGCCAUUGGAUUUUCGAAUGUUAUCGGUUCCUUCACAUCUUGUUACGCUGCUACUGGUUCAUUCUCUCGGACAGCUGUGAACUUCGCGGCAGGAUGUGAGACAGCAAUGUCGAACAUUGUAAUGUCGGUUACGGUGUUUGUAGCACUCGAGUGCCUAACGAGGCUUCUCUACUAUACCCCAAUUGCCAUCCUCGCUUCCAUAAUUCUCUCAGCACUUCCGGGAUUAAUUGACAUCAAUGAGGCCAUUCACAUUUGGAAAGUCGAUAAAUUUGACUUUCUUGCUCUCAUUGGAGCUUUCAUUGGUGUUUUAUUCGCUUCGGUUGAGAUUGGACUUCUUGUCGCGGUGGUUAUUUCGUUUGCCAAAAUCAUACUCAUAUCAGUUCGACCAGGGAUUGAAACGCUCAGAAGAAUGCCUGGAACCGAUAUUUUUGCAGAUACUAAUCAAUAUCCUAUGACGGUUAAGACUCCUGGAGUAUUGAUUUUCCGAGUCAAGUCUGCGUUGUUGUGCUUCGCUAAUGCCAGUUCCAUCGAGGAAAGGAUAAUGGGAUGUGUCAAUGAGGAAGAGGAAGAAGAAAACAUAAAGAGCAAUGCCAAGAGAAAGAUCCUCUUUGUAGUCCUUGAUAUGUCAAAUUUGAUAAACGUCGAUACAUCGGGGAUUACUGCUUUGGCGGAGCUCCAUAACAAUCUAACUCAGGCUGGUGUUGAGCUAGUACUCGUGAACCCGAAAUGGGAAGUGAUCCACAAGCUGAAUCAAGCAGGGUUCGUAAGCAAAAUCGGGGGCAAAGUUUACAUGACAAUCGAAGAAGCUAUCGAUGCUUGCUUUGGAUUAAAAGUUUAAAAAUAGUUUUCUCUUAAUAUAACAUAUAUAUGUGUUACCGGAUAAUAUUGCAUGUGAGUUUUAUGUCAGUUCUUGUAGUUUAAAUAAUGUGAGGUCUGCAUGAUGAUGUUGUAUAAUUAUUUACUACGUAUAGUAUAUGUAAUAUUGUAGUGUGCCUUGGUACGUAAGCUCGGUCGUGAUUAAAUAAGUCAUGCAAACUAUAGAGUAUCAUGACGAUCGAAGGGUGUGUGUAACAAAACUUGGAAAUAAUGUAUAUAUUUAUAUGUACGUUUGAUAUA